UUUCGAAGCAUGCGCAUUUUUAUAGCUGUCGUGGCUUAAUUAUCCUUGUGUCAAUUCUGAAAUUUAAUGAUCGAAGGUGUUGUUUAAUAUUAGGGCAUUAUAAUAGAACGCGUUUGUUACCUUUAUAAUGUCGACGUCAGGGGAUUUUGGAAAUCCAUUAAGAAAAUUCAAGCUUGUUUUCCUAGGAGAACAAAGCGUGGGAAAGACAUCCCUAAUAACCAGAUUUAUGUAUGACAGUUUUGAUAAUACUUAUCAGGCAACAAUAGGUAUUGACUUCUUAUCAAAAACAAUGUAUUUAGAAGAUAGAACUGUGCGAUUACAGUUAUGGGAUACAGCAGGCCAAGAAAGGUUUAGAUCUCUUAUACCCUCUUACAUUAGAGACUCUACAGUAGCAGUAGUAGUUUAUGAUAUCACUAAUGCUAACUCUUUUCAUCAAACAUCCAAAUGGAUAGAUGAUGUUAGAACAGAAAGAGGUAGUGAUGUGAUAAUUAUGCUUGUGGGCAAUAAAACAGAUCUUUCAGAUAAAAGACAAGUUAGUACUGAAGAAGGAGAACGAAAGGCUAAAGAACUUAAUGUUAUGUUUAUAGAAACUAGUGCAAAAGCUGGUUAUAAUGUUAAACAGUUAUUUAGGCGUGUUGCUGCUGCAUUACCUGGAAUGGAUUCAACAGAAAAUAAACCACCAGAAGACAUGCAAGAAGUUGUGUUAAAGGAUACACCAAGUGAAAAUAAAGAUCCGGAUGGUGGAUGUUCAUGUUAAUUAAAAUUGUUGACUCUAAAAUUUUGUGACGCUCUUUUUUGUAUGUAUUGUACAUAAACUUUAUUUAUCUUCUUUUUGUUGUAAAUUGUGCAGUAUUUGUUUCUAAUUAUUUCUAUUUAAUUUGUGUCAAAAGUGCCUUUUUAUAAUAUUUUGUAUUAUUUAGACAGCGUGUUCUGUUCAACGUAUUUUAAUUUAUUUGCCUUUCUUCUUUAGUGCAAUUCUCAUUCCUUGCAUGCUUAAAUUAUAUUAAGAACUGGGGACCACUAAAACAUGGACGUUGAACUUAUUAGGUUGCAAUAAAUAAAUAAUAUUCGAGUUAGGUAUUAUAAGGUUCUAGCAGAUUUAAGGUGCAAAUUUUUAUUUAUUGUCAUUAGUAUUUCUUUCUCAUACAAAAAAUAGGUUGCUAAUUUUAUUACGUUUUUGCCAUUAACAAGAAAAAAAUAAUUUUAUUUUUAAUAAUUACUGUUGUAUUCAACUAUUUUUUUUUCAAUAAAUGUAUGGAUGGAAACUAAUUUAUAUAUUUAAGUCAAUUUCUUGUUUAAUUUUCAAGGUAUUUCUCACAUAGACUGGUAACAUAUAAAAUUAGAUUAGCUAAAUUUCUUCUGGUUCGCCUAAAUGUCGCUUCAAUAAUGCAUGUUAAUGUAACGAUUCUAGUUUUUGUUUUUCAUUUAUUAAUUUACAACUCCUUAAUAUGAAAAAGCUGUUGACCUACAAACUCAACCACAACUUCAAAAUGACCAACAAGAUUCAGAGGGAGGUUGCAUGUGCUGAAAUUGCUUCAGUAGUACUACCUUUUUAACGAAGAUAUCUAAAGUAGCCUCUGCCCUAACAUUCAGACAAGCUGUUAAUGUGAUGUAACUGCAUCAGCACUAUCUGUGGCAUAUUUUUUGACAAUUGCAUUUUUCGUAAGACUGUCCGAGAGAAUUUAGUUUUUUUGAUCUUCGUUUGAAGCUUGAAAGUACAUAUUUUAUACUCGUGCAAUGAAUAAAAUGCAAUUUCAUUUUUGUUAACUCAAUAAAUGAUAAAAAUGUAGCACAUUAUCUACAUUUUCUGUACUGCAAAUUCUCUAUAACUUGUAGAACAAUUAGC